CACCCACCCACCCUCCAACUUCAGAGUCAGAUCAGACUAUAAGAGGACCGAAAGAAGGAAAAAAUUGAAUUUCGAGUAAAAAGGAAAACGUAAAAAAGAGGGAACGAAUCGACAUGGAGCAGGAAUCUAAUGCCCCUAUCAGGUUGAUGAACUUCGUCUCGGAGGAACAGUUGGAUCAAGCUAAGAAAACUAGGGGCGAGCGAGUUGAAGAUGGCACUGCUCAGAGGGACAAACCGCUCUAUGAGAUCUUAAAGGAGAAUAAAGACAAGCGAGAUGCAGAAUUCAAUGAACGGUUUAAGCACAGACCACCCAAAGCCCUUGAUGAGGAUGAGACAGAGUUCCUAGACAAAUUGGAGAUGUCAAGGAGGGAAUAUGAGCGGCAAGUGGCUGAUGAAGAAGCUGAACAACUCCGAAGUUUCCAGGCAGCAGUGGCAGCCCAGUCAUCCAUUGUAUAUGAGCUUAAGGAAACACCUACUGUACCUAAAGUUGAGGAACAUAAGCCACUUGCAAGGAAGAACCCACCAGCUCGCCCAUUAGGAGGAUUGAUUAUUAAAGUCCAACCACAGGCAAAGAAGGCAAAGGCAGAUGAAAUGAGUUCAGAAAAAUCUUCAGACAAUGUAAAAACAACUAACGAUGACACUGGCAAGUCAACUGAGAUUUUUAAGGGGGCUCUCGGUCUCGGAAUCGGAGGUCUGGUGUCAUACAGUGAUGAGAGUGAAGAUGAUGAUAGCUGACCUCCUAACUUUAUUCAUGUUAUCUGAUUAUAUUUCACUCUGGAAAUCAAUCAACUCUUUAAGCACAUUUUGCUAAUUAUAUGAGGACUUUCCGAGUCCCAAAUAUGCUUCAGUAUGUCAAAUUGCGUAGGUAUGUAUCAUAGAGUUUUUUGAUCUUUUUUUUGGAAGCGCAGAGUUCUUUGGUCUCAUGUCAUGUAUGGUGUACCUUCCUCAUCCAACUAAUACGAGAAGAAAUUAAUGUCAUUC